AGCAGUUCUGUUAAGGCUGAGAAAAUGGAAUUAAUUAAAAUAUUUUUGAUUCUUGUGAAUAUUAUAACCUACAAAACAUCAGCGUUUCCAGCGUUGAGCUUUGACGAAUCACGGUCUUUAUUUGCAGUCGAACCAAAUGAAUCAGCAGGAAAAUCGUUGAAAGAAUGGUCAAAAGGUGAUAUGAAAGGAAAUGCAGAAGAACAAGGACCAUACCUUGAAGGAGACAUUAUCAUAUCUGAUGCUAGGAAUGGUGUUAAGCUUCCAGGACAACGUUGGACAAAAGGAAUUAUUCCUUACGAAAUUGAUGCAUAUUUAACAAACGAACAGAAAAACAUGUUAAGCAACGCCAUUGAUGAAAUCAAGUCCAAAACCUGCAUAAAAUUAAUUCCAAGAGGUGGAGAAAAGGACUACGUUGUCUUCAAAAAUGACGAUUCAGGAUGUUGGAGUAGCGUUGGUAAAACUGGUGGAAGACAAGUCAUUAAUUUACAAGCUCCAUGCUUAAGAGUUGUCGGAACAGCAAUUCAUGAAAUCAUGCAUGCCAUUGGAUUCUAUCAUGAACAAAACAGAGGGGAUCGUGAUAAGUAUGUGACCAUCAGAAAAGACAACAUCCAGAAUGACAAAUACAUCAAUUUUGAAAAACUAUCGCCUGAUGAAGAAGAUAACUUAAAUACAAAAUACGACUACACAAGUGUCUUGCAUUAUUCACCAUAUUCAUUCUCAAAGAAUGGUCAGCCAACAAUCGAAACUAAAGGAAAUCCUAGCACCACUGAUCAAAUGGGACAACGAGAAGGAUUAAGUUCAAGCGAUGUCUUAAAAAUCAAUAAAAUGUACAAUUGUAGCAAGUGAUCUACUGGCUGAUAUUCUGAAGAUUGUUAAGUUGCUUAAAUUAAAGUUUGGGAACUGAGCAUGUAUCUGAAAUUAAUGAUAUCCUAAUAAAGAAUUUCUAAAAUGAA